CAGCCGUGUGGAUUCUAAUCCCUUUUGCUGACCUUCCGCCUCGCAACGUUUUGAAACUUCGCAUGCCAUGGAACACACGUUGUUCGGCUGCCUUCGCAGCCCGCACGCCGCCUCGCAAGGCUUGCACCCCUUUUCCCAGUCGUCCCUGGCCCUGCAUGGAAGAUCCGACCACAUGUCCUACCCCGACCUCUCCACGUCUUCCUCGUCUUGCAUCAUCGCCGGCUACCCCAACGAGGAGGGCAUGUUCGGUAGCCAGCAUCACCGAGGCCACCACCACCACCACCACCAUCACCACCACCAGCAACAGCAGCACCAGAGCUUGCAGUCCAACUGGCACAUUCCCCAGAUGUCUUCUCCUCUGGCCUCGUCCAGGCACAGCCUCUGCCUUCAGCAGGAGUCGGGGCCCCCAGAACUAGGAAGCAGCCCCUCUAUUUUGUGUUCGAACGCCUCUAACUUGGGCAGUAACAGCUCUUCUGGUUCGGCUUGUGCAAGUGGGGACUAUGGCAGGCAGACACUCUCGCCUUCCGACAUGGACAAGAGGACGGCUAAAAGGAAAAGUGACAGCUCAGAUUCCCAGGAGGGAAGCUACAAAUCCGACGUAAACAGUAAACCUCGGAAAGAGCGGACGGCCUUUACCAAAGAGCAGAUAAGGGAACUGGAGGCCGAGUUCGCCCACCACAACUACCUGACGAGGUUGAGGCGAUAUGAAAUAGCAGUAAACCUGGAUCUCACUGAAAGACAGGUAAAGGUCUGGUUUCAGAAUCGCAGGAUGAAAUGGAAGAGAGUGAAGGGUGGACAGCAGGGAGCAGCAGCCAGAGAGAAGGAACUAGUAAAUGUGAAAAAGGGAACUCUACUACCUUCAGAGCUCUCCGGGAUUGGAGCAGCAGGCCUCCAACACACAGCUGACUCACUAGCCAACGAUGACAGCCGUGAUAGCGAUCAGAGCUCUGAACAUGCUCACUUGUGAUUUCUUUUUUAGCAUAAAGUGACUUUCAAACCAGAUUAAUUCUCAGGAAAGACAAGUAACAUGGCAAAG